CCCGCCCUUGCCAGGCGGCGGCCCCACAGCCCAGCGGAAUGGAGCCGCGCCGGGAUUGAGUGGGGCGCAGACUAGGAGCCGCAUGUGCCAAGUUCGGAAGCGGCUGGAGAAGCUCUUCUGCAAGAAGCGAAUGCCAGAGAGUCCCGUCGGAGUGGGCGGCCAGGCAAGCCUGCAAAGAUGGGAGAACAACCCAUCUUCACCACCAGAGCACAUGUCUUCCAAAUAGACCCCAACACUAAGAAGAACUGGAUGCCUGCGAGCAAGCAGGCAGUCACCGUUUCCUACUUCUAUGACAGCACAAGAAACAGCUAUCGGAUUAUCAGUGUGGAUGGAGCCAAGGUGAUCAUCAACAGCACAAUCACACCUAAUAUGACUUUCACCAAAACAUCGCAGAAAUUUGGCCAGUGGGCAGACAGCAGAGCAAACACUGUGUUUGGUUUGGGUUUUUCUUCUGAGCAACAGCUGACAAAGUUUGCAGAGAAAUUCCAGGAAGUGAAGGAAGCUGCCAAAUUAGCUAGAGACAAGUCUCAAGAGAAAAUCGAGACCUCAAGCAAUCAUUCUCAAGAAUCAGGAUGUGAAACCCCAUCUUCUACUCAGGCAUCAAGUGUGAAUGGAACAGACGAUGAAAAGGCAUCUCAUGGCCCUGCUGAGUCAGCCCAUCUGAAAUCAGAGAAUGAGAAGCUGAAAUUGGCCCUUACGCAGAGUGCCUCCAAUGUGAAGAAAUGGGAGAUUGAGCUGCAAACUCUGAGAGAAAGCAAUGCAAGACUGACAGCAGCACUUCAGGAAUCUGCUGCCAGUGUAGAUCAGUGGAAAAAGCAGUUUUCAAUUUGCAGAGAUGAAAAUGAUCGACUCAGGAAUAAGAUUGAAGAAUUGGAAGAACAAUGUAAUGAGAUAAAUAAGGAGAAAGAGAGGAAUGCCCAGCUAAGCAGGAGACUGGAGGCCCUGGAGUCCGAAAUCCAAGAAAAGGAGAGGGAGUUGAAAGAUCUCCGAAAACAAGGUGAAAUCAUACCUCAGCUCAUGUCGGAAUGCGAUUUUGUCACAGAGAAAUUAGAGGCUUCUGAGAGAGAAAAUCAAAAUCUAGAAGAUAAGGUGAGGUCUUUAAGGACAGACAUCGAGGAGAGUAAACACAGACAGCGCCACCUAAAAAUGGAACUCAAGAACUUUUUGGAGGUCCUUGAUGGGAAGAUAGAUGACUUGCACGAUUUUCGGCGAGGACUCUCCAAACUGGGAACAGAAAAUUAGGAUGCAAAUUGUGAUCUAGGCUCCAGGAGUUUGGUGUUUGUUAACCCUAAGCGUGUGUAUUACAAAAUAGCAACAGGAAGUACACCUUGUCUGCUUUGUUCUUGUAAAUAGAGGUUCAAAGUUUGAUGUGUUUUUCCAACCAAUUCUGCUGCUCACUAACUUCUGUCCAGAAUAGAAAACUUCUCUUCCUACUCUGGACUUGUGGCGGAGGAUACUGCUUCAGGAAUCAAGAACUAGGUUUACCUUAAAUGCGUAUGCAGUUAGUCAGUACAGGGACGUUCGUAUUUCUUUUUUUUUUUUUUUUUUUUUUUUAGUGAGGCAAUUGGGGUUAAGUGACUUGCCCAGGGUCACACGGCUAGUAAGUGUUAAGUGUCUGAGGCCAGAUUUGAACUCAGGUCCUCCUGACUCCAGGGCCGGUGCUCUAUCCACUGCGCCACCUACCUGCCCCGACGUCCGUAUUUCUUAAAGACUGUUGCAACCACAGAAACACGAAGUAUUUUCCAAUCCAACUAACAAUAUUCUAAACAACCUGCAAUUUCAUUCUUUUUUUUUUUAAAGUGAAACGGGGGCUAGUUGGGAUUCCUAAUCUCAUUUAUCAGAAAGGUAAUUGGGGUGAUUUCUACUCUGGUGCAUUUUGGAUUAGAUGACUCUGAGGUCCUCUCCAAGCCCAUGAUUCCUCACAGGUGUACAUUUGCUUUGGGAUGACCCAUUAUUUCUAAGUAUGGUGAAUCCCUCAUAGAUGACAUUGUGAUGCUUUACAAAAUGAAUUAAUAGGGGGCAGCUAGGUGGUGCAGUGGAUAAAACACUGGGCCUGGAUUCAGGAGGACCUGAGUUCAAAUCCAGCCUCAAACACUUGAUGCUUACUAGCUGUGUGACCUGAGCAAGUCACUUAACCCUCAUUGCCCCACCCAGCCCGGCCUCAAAUAACUGAGACUUUAUGAAAAGAAAGGAAUCAGGUUUUUAAUAAACAUGGUUAUGUCCUCUAGAUCAGUGCACCAUUCAUACAUGCCACAUCAUGUAGUCUGCAGGAGUACAAAACAAUUUUCCUUUUAAUUAUUUUUAACUUACAAGUGGACAUCCAUGACAUAUAAGCAACAGACCAUGAAGGCUGAACCUACAUGAAGGGUGGUAUUGUAAUAAAAUAAAACUUACAACAAAUUUCAUCUGGCACAUAUUUAACUUAUAUGUAGAGUAUAUAAUAUAUAAUUGCAUACCAUGCAGUUGGAUGGAGUGUGUGUAUACAUAUACAUGUAUGUACAUGUAUAUAUGCACACAUACAUAAAUGCAUGCAUGCAUGCAUAUGUGUGACAUAUACACACAUUUAAUAACCUGAUUACCAUUCAGCUGGAUACACACACACACACACACACACACACACACACACACACAGUUCAGCUGAAUGGUAAUUGGCGAUAAAUAGUAUGCAAUUCAUUUAAAUGACAUUACUUUUUCCACAGCCAAACCAAACCAUUUCUAGGGUCAGUUGAGGGAAAGUGGGAGGGAAUUAGGUAAAUUAGGAACCUGUAGAUCACAGGAAUUCCAGGUGACUACAUAUACCUCCCUUCUUCUCCAUGGGGCACAUCUACAGCACAGAUGUUCUGGGAGCCACAGGAUGCCAGGUACCCCUAGGUCUAUGGGUGGGAGCCAGGAGUCCUUGGAUGCCCUGACUUAAGUCAGGGCAGUACCCACUACCCUCAUGAGCAUUUUUGCCUUUUUCUUUAGGGGUGAGGUUCACACCAAGGCAGCCUGCUAUUCUAGACUAGAAGCAAUUGGAGGGGAGAAACAGGAGAAGCAUGUCAAGAAUGUCUUCCUUCUAGCUAGCAUCUCUCUUUUCCCAUUAGAGCUGCCUCUCAGAUCUCUGAGUUACAGAUGCAGAGGAACUUGGAACAUCUUCCUUUUUUUCCCCUCCUAUUCUUCCCUCAACUGAGGGCAGGAGCCUUAGGGGGAGCACAAAUAUUAUGCUUAACACACACACACACACACUCACACACACUCACACUCACAUUCACACUCAUACUCGAUAUCCUUCCCCAAGAUGGCUUUAGGUUUCCUCAUUAGGGGAGGUUUUCUUGUCUCUAAAAUAUCUCCCUUAAAUCGCUUGAAGUUCUACCAACUACACAUUUAUUUGAAUUAGCCAGCAGAUGUGGAGUGAGAGUGGGAGUUAAAAAGGAGUUAUCCCAUAAUCCUAACCUGCUUCAAGUGGAGAUGCAAUACUCUAUGGUUUAGAUGGGGAGAGAAAGACAAAGGCAGCUUCAAGGAGCUCUUGGAGGAAACAUCCAGAAAACUUGGAAUUUUCUCAGGUUGUCCCAAGCUCAUGAUAUGUUUGGAGGAAUGGUGACUGAAACUGCCUUUGCCCCUGGACCAUAAAUAUUUUCAUUGACCAGAGUCAUCAUGCCCUGUUUUGGAUAGAGCCCUACUUAAAAGGCUAUCAAAGGAGCUACUGUGCCCAAAUGACAAUCAUCCCCAAAUAAGGCUCAGUGCCUCUCCUUGAAGGGGAGAGGAUGGGAGAGAAUCAUGCAUUUAGUGUCUAGGAUAGAGGCCAGCAGAAGUCUCCAGCCCAGUUACUGUCAGCCAAGGCCUUCCUAGGGAAUGACAUUAAAUUUGUUCAGACCUCAGAGCCAACAAAGGAAUUGAUUCCGAUUUCCAGAAUGGAAAUAGUUUAUAAAUUGAAAUAUGCUGUCUGCCUCUACUCAGAAACCCAUAAAGGGUAGGCUGAAGGCAAUAAAUGACCAAUGUGGAGCAACACAAAGGAAGAUCUUAAUGGAACAUAUUGUGACUCCACCCUAAAGCCAUUUAAUGAACAUUGGCUAAGAACUUGGUGAUAGGGGAAUAGCUUUUGUAGUAAAAAGUGAUUUAGAAAAAACUUCAUGAAAGCACGUGCUGAUCAAUCAAUUCUAGUUCUCUUUGAGAGUUGCCUCAAUGUUUCUCUUGCUUUAAGAAAAAAAAAUCUCUGGGGAAAAAAAAUUAGAUGAAGUCCUACAGAAAUUGGAUAAGUAGUUGCCAGUGUCUGAUAGACUGUGAUACGUUGGGUGUGUGUGAAAAGGUAAAGAUUAUGGGAAUGACCCUUUCAGUUUAUUCUGGUAUUGACUCAUGAAAUAAUGACACAGCAUGCAUUGGUUUGAUGCUAUACUCAUUCUCAGAGUACACUUAAAGCUCGUAUUUAUCAUAAGGUAUGGAUUGAAUCAAAAAACAAAUUUUAGACUAAAAAACUUUGCCUUAGGUUUUGUUUCCAGUGAAGUAUAGUAAGGACAAAAUCUUCCUAAGAUGUAUUAGGAUCCAAAUGAUCCUAAUACAGGGCUUAGAAAUCAGAUUUUUUAGAUUCAACAUGGCAACUCCAUUGUUGGCCUUGGCUCAUCCUUUCUUCUCUAUGUGUAAAACAUGGUGCUGUGCCUAAAAAUAAUAAAAUGAUGAGGUCACACAAGGCUCCUCAGAAGGAAACAAAAGUUAUCUUCAGUGGUCAAGAUGGUCACAAUGAGGAUUUGCUGAGAGUGUGUGCACAAAAAUAAAGUGGAUGGAGAUGAGGCAGUGUGAUCUGCCCUACAAGGGUUUGGGGAAACAAUUUUGGCAAUAGUCCUUUAUGUUUGUGUGGUGUUUUAUGGUAUACAAAGCCUUUUCCAUUUGCAAUCUCAUUUGAUCCUUGCAAAUAACCCCUCUAUGAGGCAGACUGAGCAGGGAUCCUCAUCCCCAUUUAAAAGGAAAGAAAAUUGAUGAGUAAAAAUUUGGGACUUCCCUUAGUGAUACAGCCAGGGCUAGAAAAGCAGUCUUCUCUCAGUCUAGUACUAUUUCUAUAACAACAUCCUGUCUUGCUGUUAAGAAAUCUAUCAGGCUCGGAGGUGAUUUUUUUUUGGUCAUAACCUGAUUUUGAGCUAUAAAAAUAAAUAAUAUUGUUUUUAGCAUAUUACUAUUUCUUUGGCUACUGUCCACAGCAAGGAAGAACAGGUAAUAGUCUCAUUCUAUUUACACUAAUGACAAUGAAUGUAUUUAGUUUUUGGAAGAUCUUUAUUUGAUUACAGGCAUCAUCACAAGAAAGCAUUGACUAGGUCCCUACUGUGAAAUGCAAAUUUGCGAAUAUCACUUUUUUUAAAAAAACAUUCAAAUUCAAUUUUAUUUAUGUAUAACAUCCCUUUGGAUGCCUUUGCCUCCUCUCUUCAACUCGAACAAAGUCUGAAAAGGGGGCUUGAUCCUUUGAACAGAAAUUACUAGCAGAACAAUUUAUUUAAAAUAAAAUUGUCUUUACCUUAGAAAGAAGUUAUUUUGCAAGAAUGUCCUGAUUCUCCCCUCAUGUGGAUUUUCAUCAGUGUCUUAGAGUUUUUCAGGUUGUGCUGAGUAUCAUCUUAAAAAUGAAGAACUUAAAGUAAAUGUAAUGGUUACCUCAUAGCACAUCAAUAAAUCCUCAUGAAAGGCAACUGGGCUGUACUCU